UGCCAAUUCGUCACUAGUACAGCACACCGGUGUGCUGGAGAGCAAAGCCACAACAUUUACAAUCUAAUUUACAUAAAAACUAUAUUCUGGUUGAUAUUGGUCGCAAAAGCCUACAUGUUAAAAUUAUAAUUAUAUUCUUUGUUUAUGGCAAACAAACUUUGGAGCAUUACGACUUUCCAGGUCUCGAUAAUCAGACUUGUUCGACAAAUGCUGCUGGAUGUUCUUGGCAAGAGCACUCCAUGUAAAUGAUGCGACCCGGGGUGGUAUGCGUGAGAAUUAGAGGCUCUUUCACAAUCGGGUUUUUUUUUUCCUCGCGUUCAUACAAUAAAAUCAUAGAAAUAGCACGUUCAAAAAAGCCCCGCUGAAUGUGAAAGAAGCAUACUGAGUACAUCACUAAACGUGCUUGUUCAGCAGAGGAAUAAAGGGUCCAACGUUUCAGACAACAGCCCUUCUUCAAAACACAUAAAAGAAGGGUCCAUUAGCAGCAACGUCGUUCAUAGCACAUGAUGUCCAUAUGUUUUUUGGGGGCCGCAGUGGUUUUUUUUGACGAUUGGUUUAAGUGAGUGUGUGCUAUUUUUUUGGUGUAAUAUGCGCGGUAUUUUUUUUGUUGACGAAUGCCUCGAGUUCGUGUUUUUUUUUUUGUUUAACAUGCGCGGUGGGUCAGGUUUUGUCAGCAAGCAUUGCAUCCGCACUUGGGCAGGUGAGAUUGGAAUUGGGGGUGGGGGUGAUAACGUAAAUGAGAGCGAACAAUGCCAACAAGGUGAGCAGGGUAACUCGCCACGACUCGAUUCACUCGCAGACCGCUCGCAUCUUCGCCUCGAGGCAUCCACCCUUUCCUCGCUCUACGGCGACGGUGAUCAGUCGUCCUCACGAUGUAUCAGCCCCACUACAAGCAUCCUGUGGUGACGGGCCAGCCGAUGCCCGUGACGGCCCAGCCGAUGGGUAUGGGCCAGUCGACCAUGCAGCACACGACGAUGAGCACCACGCUCACUACCAACACGUGGAACUCGAGAGUAUGUGACUGCUGCACCGACUGCGGGUCCUGCUGCUUCGCCUUUUGGUGCUUCCCGUGCUUCACCUGCAGCACGGCGUCAAAGUUCGGAGAGUGCUGCUGCCUGCCCAUAUUGGACUCGCUAUGCUUCGUAUGCGUCCCAGCCAUCGGCAUCAGCAUGCGCUCCAGCAUCCGCGAGCGAUACGGCAUCCACGGCUCCAUCUGCGACGACUGCGUCAUCAUGUACUGCUGCACACCCUGCGGCUGGUGCCAGAUUGCUCGCGAGCUCAAUUUUCGACAGAAGCCCGUCAAAGUCGUCACCCAGACCACGAUGAUCAUCUAGAGGCCACUCACCACCGCCGCCCCCUCACGCCACGCGGGUGACCCCUUGGUCGUGCGGGCGACCACGUGUCCGUGCGGACGGGAUUCAGCCGACACGUGGCGAGCACGCUGGUGUGGCCCCAGCGCCUUCGCUCACGAUCUCGGCGGACGGAACUGCGUUGGAUUUGCUCGGUCACGGCGUUCGGAAAUGCGGGGGUGCGUUCUUCGUGAAUUCUAUACACGCGGCAUCGAAGUCAGCUGAAGCUUACCAUUAAUCAGGCGACUUCUGUGUGGCCACCCCCGACUCUGUAUGCCUCCCCUCUCCCCACCCACUGCGAAACAGCACGCUGCUCCUCCGUGCAGCUCACUCCUGCUCGCUCCUUCUCUCCCUCACCUCUCACCGUCACCCUCUCAUCUUGACCCAGUCGUUCCUUCUCCCCUUGCUGCUGCUCAUCUUGAGCCGUGCCCUCUUUAUCCGUCUUGGGGACUUCCGUGCCAACAUCCCUUCACUUCCCUCCCCUCCUCCUUUCUACGUAUCAAUGUUUGACUCUACUUCGCGUUCUGUAGUGGUAUUUCACACGCGAAAAGUAUGUUGUCAUUACUCAUAUGAUGAUAAAAAACUGUAAUCACUAUUUCUGCAUUUAAACAUUUAUAUAUGUCACAUACAUAGCAGGAUUUCCAUUAAGAAGUGGGACCAACAAAUAAUGUGUUUUUUAAUUUAAAGAUAUAUUGGAACGGCUACGUUGGCGUUACAUAAACUGUGAUUAUGUUAUUUCACACGACUCGGAUUACCGCGUUGCUUUUAUCUUAGCAUCCGGAUCACAAAUGUCUGCGAUUGUAUGGAAUCAGCCACGUGUAGCUCAUUGUUCCUUAAAACGCGUUCUGCCUCUAUAUUCUUUCUAAGACAUGGCCUUAUUCCAUUUGAACUCUGCCCUUGACAUUCACUCAAGAACUUUGAAUUGGGUAGUCUCAGUUGCAUACAGUUGUAGCCUGUCGUGUGACCUAAUUCUCUGUCUUCCCAAGAUUCUUGUACCUGUAAUGUUGCCAGCCACAACCAAUGUAUAUGCAGUCUCUUGUAUUCUCAUGGCAGGUCCAAGAAAUAUAACACUGCCUCUGUAUAAUUAUUCUCAUUCAACCUGCUAUCUGUAACACAAUUAUGUUACUCAUCUUGUAUAUGCCGUCACUGCUGGUUUGCUCUGUAAGAGACCUUAUGUAAAAAAACUGUAGUAUUCGAAAUUUUGUUGUCAAUAAUAUAUCAUAGUUGACUAUAAUUUACACCUUUUAAAAGGAAAUAUAUACAUGUUUUGCUUUUUCACGUAUUCACUGCAUCCUACAUGCAUUUAUCAAUAACAACAACAAAAAAUCACGGACAUAUUUAAAGCUGUAAUGCAUACACAAUGCUUUUUUGGAAGUGUAACAUUUUUAUUCAUAGUAUCACCCACAUAAAUGGUAAUAUAAUAAACACGACUGAUUUAAAGCUUG